AUGGGUGCAAAAAAUUUAAGCACGUUGUUAAUCAUAUAUAAACAAUUAGUAUUCUUAUCAAAUGAUAUUAUUCAUAUUAAGAUGAAACUUUAUUCAAAAUUUCCUUUUAAUCAAUGUAUUGAUGACCAUUUAAAAGAUACAACUAAUUUAAUAAAACAUGGUGUAAAUUUAACAAUACAAUUAAAUUUAUUAGAUUUAAAAGAUGAAGAAGAAGAUGAAGAAUAUUAUGUUUCAUUACCACCUUCUCCAAUUAUAGUACCUGUUGAACCACAUAGAUCUUCAUUACGUCGAGGAUCUUCAUCAUCUUCAUCAUCAUCACAAUCAAUGUCAUUAAUAAUAUGUAAAAAUAAAAUUGAAAAUAUAAUUCAAGAAUAUUUCCCAAUGAAAAAUGAAAAGAUUUUUACAACUAUAAGUAAUUAUGUUAUAAAUAUAAUUUUACAAAAUGAAGAUAUUGAAAAAUUUUUAAAUAAAAUUAUAAAUCAUCGAUUUAAAAAUAAAAUAACUGAAGAAAUUAAAGCAUUAUUUAUUGAAAAAUAUGAAGAAAUUAAAUUAGAAGAAUUAAUAGGUUAUUUAAAUAAUCAUUUACAGUUCCAAGUUAAGGAUCUAUUAAAUCCAAAUUUAUAUUUAAAAUAUUAUAAAAUAUGGAAAUAUGAUUUACAAAAUUAUAAAUAUUAUGAAGAAGAAUAUUUUUUUGAUUAUUUUAGUAGAAACAUAACAACUAGUAAUAUUUUACUUCAAAAUGCUUUUUUAAUAAAUUAUAAACGAUUUAUAAAAUAUUUUACAAUUGAUUUAAAGAAUUACGAAGAUGAUGAAGAUGAUGAAGAUGAUCAAAUAAUUGAAGAAGAAACUAAUGGACCAAAUUAUACAACUAAAUAUGAUACAAUUGAAAUAGAUUCAAUAGAUGAUCAUAUACCUAAAUCAUUAAGAUUUAAUGAUGAUAUUGAUAUAAUUAAUAUUAAUAGAUUUUUACCAGUUGAUCAUAUUUUAUAUAAAAAAUUUAUAGACGAAGAAAUUGAAAAUUAA